AUGUAACAAAACAUAGUGUUUGAUAUCUCCUCAGAGAAUAGCUCAUCAUCAGACGAGGAUGAGUUCAUAAAAAUUGAUUAACAAAAUAGCUCAGUAACUUACUCUUACAAGCCUAAUAGAUCUUAAGCAUUAGAGCUCCUAAUUUAUUCGAUAGUGAUACUCCCCAAGAAUUCCAAUAAAUCCCAGAAGCCACACAUUCGCUCAGAAAACAGCACACUGUCACUUUCGAAACUUUGAACACUAAUGAAGGUGAAAGAAGAUAGUUAAACAAAUGGAAUUUGUCAGAAAAAGAAAAUAGAAAUCGUAACUCUUUUACAAUCACAACUGAAUUAACUGAAAAAGAUAAGGGGAAUUGUAAAAAGAAUGUGAAUGAAAGUUUUGAGUAUCUUCAAAAGCAGAAAUCUAGUUAAUAAUAACAAAUUAAGUCCAAUACAUGUAAUUAGUUGUUAUUAAUUACAACCUAGACAAAUAACCCUGUUAGCCAAAAAGAGUCUCUAACAUCAACUAUUCAUCAAUUGAUAAUUUUUAGAAUUAAUCAAUGGCUUAGAAAUUAUUAGAAUUGGAUUUACCUGCUCUUAUUUCCUAAAUUACAAAUAAGAGAAGAGUUAAUAAUAAUAACAACAACAAUAAUAAUAUUAAUAAUAAUCAUAAUAAUAGUUUUCAUAAUCAUAAUAGUAAUUUCUACAAUUCAAAUCCCAAGUAAUUUUAUGAUAGUAUAAGUUAGCUAGACCCUAGAUGUCUCAAAAGUAAGGAUGUAUUGUUAGAUAAUCAUUUAAUAAAUAAGGGUCCCAAGGAGAUAUACCAAUUGUGCAAUAAACAAGAGAAAGAUCUAUCACAAUGAUUUUACGACAACCAGGGAAGAUUGUUAAUUAAAAGUAGUUAAAAAGCAAUAGCAUUGCUUUGAGAAAAUGAAGAUAUAUUGUUUUUUCUUUUAAUUAUUAUUAAUUAUUUUUUUAAUUAAAUGAAUUGUCUUUUCUGUUAGCCGAUUCGGAUGACUUUAUAUGGCAAUAACUUCGAAGAAAUGCAGUGUAAAGGUAGACUGAAAUUAAAUUAAUUAUCAAGAAAGUAUCCUUACCAGAGAGGAUCACUAAUUCUCUUUAUAAUAAAUAUGCUGAAUCACAAAAUUACUAUUUUACAAAGGAUAUCAAUGAAAUCAUUUUGGAUCAACCCACCAAACCGAACAUAGUGUUCAAAGUAUAUAUUCACAAUAUUUAACUAGGACUUAGCGUUGUUGGAUGAGGAUGUUGAAUAUAUGAAAAAAAUAUAUCAACCUCAUUGUUUAGACAAUAAAAUGGAAGUUCUAACAGAAUUUUACAAAGUACUAAUUUAUUUAAUCUCUUAGUUUCACAAUGAUUUACCUAGAUGGGCCGUAUCAAGUUCCAUUGUUAAUAUUUUGAAUGAAUAUUACAAUUUAAAAAGAAAGCUCGAAUAUUACAAAAUUUAGAAAAUAAUCGAUGAGGAAAACAAGAACAAUCCAGAAAAACCCCCAAAAGGCAUUGUAGGAGAUUAGCCAAUCUAAACAGAAAGCACGCCUCCUUCUCACACCAUUGAAAGUGGAAUCAUAGUUGGAAAUGUACUUGAUGAAUUACAAAACACUCCUUCUUAUUCAAAACACAAUUAAGAAAAAUAAAAUCGGAAAGUGAACAACAACAAUGAUAUUCAUCAAUAACUCUUAAAAAUUGAAAAAUUAAAGACUGAAAGACAAUAAGACAAUAAUAACAUUAUCAAAGAAUUCAAAUUAUAAUAAAUUCUUACAACUGAUAAAAUGAAAAAUAUUAAAUAAUUAAUAACAUCUUAAAAAAGACAGUUAAAAAUCAUUCAUCCUGAUUAAUGCGGCGAAUUGGAUCCACCAAAACCAAAACUAAAACAUCAACAAAUCUUAGACUAAUGUAUUUUAUAUAUUUAUGAAGUACAUAAAAGAGUAAAUGAAAAGAUCUAAUUAAAGAAAAGAAAUGUAGUACAAAAUAAAGAUCCCUCCAGAGAAAUCAAGAGUGUGCAUUUUGGUGAAGAUAAAAAGGAAAACUUUUUUAAGUCGCCCAGGAAUAUGAAGACUUAAUGUACUUCCAAAAUGACACCUAAAUCCAAUAGCAAAGUAGGCAAGACUCAGACCUUCCACGAUACUUCAUCAAGGUAAUAUCUUUUGUACCUAUUUAUUAGAAAACCUAUCAACAACCUCUUAUCAACGAGGAAUAUUGGAGCAAAGACUUGUCAUUAAAUAAGUAAUAACAUCAAAUCAAAAAUGCCAUAAAAACCUAUAUCAUUUAAAACUCUUACUACCCCAAGAUCUGUCUAAUAAAAGUUACAAUUAUGAAAAAAG